AUGGCAGAUUUAGAAUUCGAUUUCGAGGACAACCUGGAGCAGACGGAUUUGAAAACGCAAACGCUCGCACCGACGUUAGCACCGUCGGACCAGCUGGAACCGAGAGCGCAAAAGAAUUACCGACAAACGGUGUGCAGACACUGGCUGAGGAAUUUAUGCAUGAAAGGCGACAAGUGUGGGUUUUUACACCAGUUUGAUAAAGAGCGAAUGCCUACGUGCCGGUACUUUGCCAAGUACGGCGAGUGUAAAGAACCGGAUUGUCCGUAUAAACACUCCAACGACGACGUGAAAGAGUGCAACAUGUAUAAGCUUGGGUUUUGUAUUCACGGACCGAACUGUAGGUAUAAACAUAUUCGGUUGCCUGGACCGGCGCCGCCACCGAACGAAGCGUGUUUGAUUGGGAGACCGGGACAUAUUCACGGCGUGUUGCCGUUCGCGGCGAGGCAAAGACAGAAACAAAUACAAGAGGAGAAAGAGAGACAGUUGUUGAUUGCGAGCGGGGAGCAGCCGAGGGAGGAGCCGGCGCAAGCGAUCGCGGCGCCGUUGCCGCCCGGGCCUCCGCCGAAGAAGGCGAGGACGGUUGAUGUAAACUUAGCGUUGCCCGAGGCGCAAAGAGUAGGCGCCGAACCGGAACAAGACUUUGAUUUCGAAGCUUGA